AUGGAGCGGGGAGAACUCAAAGCCUGUGAUGCUUGCAGGAUAGCUAAGCGGAGGUGUACCAAAGAGUUCCCUGCAUGUGGCCGUUGUGAGCUCAAGGGGCUGGAGUGUGCAUAUCCGGUCCGCCCUACGUUCAUCGUUUAUGGCCUUGGAGACCGUGAUGCGGACUGCUUCAAUGCCCAAGCUGCGGGAAAUCACACCGGGGGACACACGUUAGAAGACUUACAGCAUCUGGGUAUCACGAACACCUUGGACCCUCACAGAUCUGGUAGCCAGCUUGGAAGCUUUAUCGGCCCCUCACUCAUCGAUCUGCAGACAGCUUGGUUCCUUGCUCCGGAAGCAUGGGCCAUUGCACCAAUCGAAACCAGCCGCCUCACACCGAUCUGCAGCACGGUAGUGAGGAGGUAUAUUGCGAAGAUACAGGGUUGGCUUAAGGAAUGGGUUGAUAAGGGCAGCAAUCCCUUCAUCCAUUCCCAACUAUACAAGAACCGGUUUCCGAGACCCAUACAAGAUGCCUUUACAGUCUUAUCCAGUUACCUUAGCCGGAGCCCUGCGACAGAGGACAUGAUAUUUCGUAUUAUGGAGGAGCGGUCAAGUGAAAUCGUGAAAGGGCAAAAUCGACCGCAAGCACAACCAAAUCUCGAUACGUUUGAUCACAUAUGCCGAGUUCAGGCCUUGCUGAUUUAUUCCUUCAUUCGACUCUUCAAUGGCGACAUCAGACAACGCUACCUCGCAGAACAACAACUUCCAAUUCUACGCCUCUGGACCAACCAAAUGCUCACUACCGCCACCCACGCAGCACAAGACGGAACUCUCCUGCUUUCCAACCUAAUAGAACCCGAUGAAUCUGGUCAAAAUGUGGGAACAUUACAAGAGAGACUUGAGAAACUCCUCUGGCAUGCUUGGAUCCUCUCUGAGAGUCUCCGCCGCACGUGGCUCGUCUCACAGGCCGUCCAGUCCAUCUAUAUCACUAUGCAGACUAGGGAAAUAGAAUGCCCCGGGGGAGUGAUGUUCACGACCCGUCGGGGGGUCUGGGAGGCCGAAUCGGCGUUUGCGUGGACCAAAAUGUGUGCGGAGCGCAAUGUAGGCUUUAUGCACAGGAAUGACACAGAGAGAGUGCUUGUUGAGGAGACUCCGGGAGAAGUUGAUCACUUCAGCCUCGCAGUUAUGGAGCUUGACUUUGGCCUUGAAAAAAUACAGAGAUGGGGAGUUAAUUCAGUGGUCCAAAUGGAUUUUCCUGUAGCCUGA